UGGUUACGGCUCUAAUAACGCCACAUAAACAAAUCGGAUUGAAGUCUUUUACCUCCUGCGAUAAGAAUGUGGGCGCGACUUCUUCGAUCUUAGCGAGAAAGAAAGAGAUAAAAAAAGCCCUUGUGAAGGUGAAGCUUCACGUCUCUUUUUCACAACAGAUUUAUCAGCAUCUGGGUGGGAACUUCUGCGUCAAGAUGAAGAAAAGAAACGCAUCGAUUCCCAGAGAACAACUCGAUUACAGCGAAAAUGGGGUCUGAACUUCCGAAUCGAAUUCUAAUUGUGAGCGGGGAGAAGAGAAUCAGAAAAGAAUCAGCUGUGAGAACAAAAGCAUCAUCUAAAACAACAAUCGGCACGGCCCCCACCGCCGGAUAUAAUAUAAACUUUGAAAAUAUAAAUUCAGACGGGUCAAAUCUUGGUUCGGCCCCUGGGCCCCAGAAAGCGUAGGUAGAUUCGGCUCCACGAAAUUUCCCCGAAAGAAAAAGGUACUCCUCGGUACAACUGUACUCCUUGAAUUAUUCUGCAACUUUAUCCUCAACUUCUCUGAUUUUUGUUUUUUAUUGGGCAGGAUAGAUCCCUUUGCUUGUUCUAAUUGUAAUUUUUUUUAAAAAUAUUGUGGAGCACGAACUGCAAUUACU